GCUCUAAAUCUGCUUUCAAAAAAAAACUCUGUUUCCACUUCCCACACACACUUCACACUUGACCACCAACUUGGAAAAGGGUUAGGGUUUUCUGCACCAAAAAGAAACCAGGAUAAGGCCAAAAGAUGCAGCAGCAGCCACAGCAGAUGAUGCCCAACAUGACUUCGCUUCCUCCCAAUACCAUCACCACCGAGCAAAUUCAGAAGUGCCUUGAUGAGAACAAAAAGUUGAUUCUAGCAAUAUUGGACAAUCAAAACCUUGGAAAACUUGCUGAGUGUGCCCAGUACCAAACUCAGCUUCAAAAGAAUCUCAUGUAUUUAGCAGCAAUUGCUGAUGCACAACCACAACCACAACCACAAGCACCAGCAAUGCCGGCCCAGCAGCUGGCCCCGCAUCCUGCGAUGCAACAAGCUGGAUAUUACAUGCAGCAUCCUCAGGCUGCAGCAGCAAUGGCUCAGCAACAGGGUCUUUUCCCUCAAAAGAUGCAAAUGCAGUUUAAUAGCCCACAACAAAUGCACGAGAUGCAGCAGCAGUUACACCAACAGGCCAUGCAUGGCCAGAUGGGGAUGAGACCUGGAGGGGCCAAUGGGAUGCCUUCAAUGCAUCAUACUGAGAACACCCAUGGAGGAAGCAAGCAAGACAACUCAGAGGCUGGGGCAGGUGGUGAUGGCCAGGGGAACUCAGCCGGUGGCCACAGAAGUGGCGACGGAGAGGACAAGUGAUGUGGCGGAGGAAUCCUCAUGGAUACAUGUGCCUGUUGAUAGUAGGUGGUUUUCUUUCCCGAAGUAGCUGCUGACAUGCUCAGUGAUCUUGGAUAGAGUUGAGCAAAGAAGCAUAAGUUUUCUGGUCCUUUAGUCUUUUAAACGCCUUAGGUAGGUGAGUUGUGUUGUAAGUUGUUCUGAAUGCAAUGGGUCCUGGAAUCAGAUGAAACAAGCAGUGAGAGAGCAGAUUAGUUUAGAGUGUUAGAGGUGGAAAGCAUGCGGUUCUGGAUUUCAUUGUCUGUCAAGUUGUAGCUUACAGUAUGGCAAUAGGCAUGCAGCAUGCUCCAUGAAUUCUGAUCCUGCUACAAGUUUUGCUGGUAAUUUGUUUUGUUUUGUUCUGGUUUGUAUGUGUAUGAACUUUCAACUCUUCUCAGCAAGUGACUGGAGACCCAAAUGAUCAAUCAGUUCUUAUUAUCAGCCUUUUGUCAAUGUUUCCCC